ACGCUAUUUCUCUUUAGAACACCAGUCUUCUUUUCAGUCAUGUCUGGUCGCGGCAAAGGUGGUAAGGGUCUGGGCAAAGGCGGCGCCAAGCGCCACCGCAAAGUCCUGCGCGAUAACAUCCAGGGCAUCACCAAGCCCGCCAUCCGCCGCCUGGCCCGGCGCGGGGGAGUGAAGCGCAUCUCCGGCCUCAUCUACGAGGAGACCCGCGGCGUGCUGAAGGUGUUCCUGGAGAACGUGAUCCGCGACGCCGUCACCUACACGGAGCACGCCAAGCGCAAGACCGUCACCGCCAUGGACGUGGUCUACGCGCUCAAGCGCCAGGGCCGCACCCUCUACGGCUUCGGCGGCUGAGCUGCUCAGGAACUCACUGUCAUUUGCAAAGGUCCUUUUUAGGGCCACCACACGAUCAACAAAAAGGGCUUAAGCUUCUAAAUGGCUUUUGUAGCCACUGCCUCUACAGGAAUGAUGGUGACAUGGGAAACAAAUGCUGCGUUCAAGGAUGUAAAAUUUAAGGUUGGCGGGAUCGGACUGGAGGUUUACAGCACAUGGAGUAUUGCAUGCUAAGGAAUGAUGAGCUUUGUUUUUGCCUUCAUUUCAUGGUUAAUCUAGAAUUUAUAUCCUGUUAGUCUCCAUAGUUGGAAUUGCAAAGCACUAAAGCGGCUGGGUGGUGGUGUGCAUGAAUUUAAUACCAGCAGGCAGAUACAAGGCCGGGCAGGUCUGUACAGAGAAUUCUAAAACAGGAGCACUACAGUGAGAAACUCAAGAAUAAUUAAGAGUAGUUUGGGAUUACAGGGAAUUUUAUCGCCACUAUAGACUACUAUGCUUAGUCUCUCGAGCUAGUAAUGGUACUUUUAGAAUGGAGGCUCUGGAACAAUUUGCAGUCACUGAGCCAGUUGAGGUUGUUUUUUGUUUGCUUUCCCAGUCUUUCAGGGUUGUGAGGAGCUUACCGGACUGUUUGUUUAUCCUGUAUAUUUAUCUGUUAACACGUUAUCAUUGCCUACCCCAGUUUUCAGUUCGAGCCCAUUUCACUGACCACUCUUUACUUGGUUAUUUCAGAAGUAAUUUGAAUGCCCUAAUGUUUCGAAGUCACCUUUUGAAUGUCAAAUAUUAGUCUUUUUGUUUUGUUUAUCCUGAUUGUCCUAGAACUCUAUGUAGGUAGCUCCCCUCCCCUCCCCACCCGCACCCCAAGGUAUUAAAGGUGUGUGCCUACCCA